AUGGAUUAAAGGUAAUUCAAUGUGUAUUAAGUGAAAAAAAAUUCUUUAAAGUAAAAAUUAUGUAUCAGAAAAUUCUCAGAAAUUUGUCUCUUUUUUGUUGAUAAGCUUGGAAAUUAAAAGAAAAAUUAAAUGUCUCUUAAUAAUUCAGAUGAAGUAGAUGAAAAAAUUAUUCAAAUUAAGGGAAUUACCCUUUUUCCGGAUAUAUCAGUGAGGUUGGUUCUUAUAUCUCCGAAUGAAUAAUUUUUAGCUUUGAUUGUUGAAAGAGGUUAUAAUAACGUAGAAGCUAUAGAUUGUCUAUUUAAAAUUUAUGAUUUAAAAACUACAAAUGAAAUAGCUUCAGGAUAAUGGAUAAGCAUUGCUAAUUCUAAUGUGUUUUAAAAUGAGUUUGAUCGUUAUUCGACUUUUUUUUUUUAGGUUGUUUCCGACAUGCUUACAAUAGUUGACCUUAAGAACAAAACAUUAACAAACAUAAGUAUUGAGGGAAUUUAAAGAUACUUAGAUAUUGAUAACAAAGGUUACAUAUAUUUACUAAGAGGUAGUUAUGUAUAUCAAUAUUCAAUAAAUGAUAAAGAAUUCGAUGGUUACAGUUUGUUUGAUAACAUUCUAGAGUUAACCAUAUUACCCAACUUACCAAAAUAUGCAUUGGCAAUAAAAAAUAAUUCAUGGAUAAUUUUAUAAAAUAUCCUUAAAAGCAAACUAUCAAAAAGAUUAAGGAAAACUGGAGGAAAUAAAAUACACAAUUUAGAAAACUACAUUUUUGUUGAAAUCUUUGAACAAAGAGAGAAAGAUGAGGAUGGUUAUAUUACAGAGAAUAUGAAAUGUUUAAAGUUGGGAGAAAUGAGAACUGGCAAAAUAAUCAGAAAUUUAGAUUAUAAAUUUGGCAAUAACAUCAGAAUUUAAGAUUAUGAAUUUGAAUCAUUGAGGCCCCAACUUAUCAUGGAUUAAACCCAAGCAACCAUAAAUUAUGAUGAUCUUAAAUUUGAUUUAUUGAGUGGUAGAGAAAAAAAAGUACGAUUUUUGUCUGAGGAUUGUAUUAAAUAAACAAAGAAUGGUUUCAUAGGCAAGGAGGGUCAAACAUUGAGAUUUGUUAGAUUAAAUUGA